CGGUUCUUCCUCUUUCGAAGCCGUGAUGGCGGCGCGCCGAUGAGAAAAUGGCUCGCACUUAUUUCCAGGAUGUGGGCCACCUGUUGGACACGGCGCGUUACUCCGCCUCAUUUCGGGGCCGAACCUGUUCUGCUGCUUUGCGCGGACGCUUUUAAGCGGAGCCGCGCGGGUAAAAAUGCUGCAGUGUGACUGACUAGCCUUCAUCUUCCGCGUCUUCCAUCUUCUCACCACGGAUGCAAGGCAGCAUGAAGGGCGAUUUGGAGAUCCUCCCGCCCCUCUUACCGGUAGCGCCGGCUAUAUUCUGCCGGGACGUGUGUCGUUCAUUUGGCAAACUGAAGGUCCUCAACAACCUCAACCUGACCGUACCUCAAGGACACAUCUACGGCCUGCUGGGCCCCAGCGGCUGCGGGAAGACCACGCUGCUGAAAUGCAUCGUGGGCACCCUGAAAAUCCCCCGGGGCCACAUCAGCGUGUUGGGGAAGCCGCCCGGGUUCCCUGGUCACGGUGUCCCGGGGAAGAUGGUGGGAUACAUGCCGCAAGAGCUGGCAUUGUACAACGAGUUCACCAUCAGUGACACGCUCACGUUCUUUGGGAGAAUCCACGGGUUGACGUGGAAGGAGACCAAGGAACGCAUGGACUUCCUCAUCAAGUUUCUGGACCUGCCGGAGAAGCACAGGCUGGUCCGGAAUCUCAGUGGUGGGGAGAUGCGGAGAGUGUCUCUCGGGGCGGCGCUGCUCCAGUCUCCAGAGCUGCUCAUCUUGGACGAACCCACAGUGGGAGUGGACCCAGUUCUCAGGGCCAAGAUAUGGCAGCAUCUGGUAGACAUCGUGAAGACGGCCAAAGUGUCCGUCAUCAUCACCACGCACUACAUCGAGGAGGCCAGGCAAGCUAACAUGGUCGGACUGAUGAGGAACGGCGACUUGUUGGCCGAAGGUCCUCCAGACGUGGUCAUGAAGCAGCACGGCUCAACAACCCUGGAGCAUGCCUUCCUGCAACUGUGCAAGACCUCAGACCAGAAUUGCCCGAAGCCCGACGGCGUGUUGGUGGACAGCCAGUCAUUCGAGACGGGCCAGGACGAGAGCCGACCCAUUCUUGGCACCGCCCCGCGAUGGAAUGUGGAGGACUUCAAGCCCACAGCGAACUGGAGGGUGCGAGCCAGACACAUGAUACCCAAAUGGAGGAACAUCGCCGCCCUCACCAUCAAAACCUUGGUGCGGAUGAAGAGGAUGCCGGGCUCGUUGUGCUUCCAGUUCUUGCUGCCCGUCAUCCAGAUCACGCUGAUCUGCUUGUGCGUGGGAGGAGACCCGCAGGGGAUCCAGGUUGCCGUGGUGAACAACGAGACCUCCCCCAAUAGUUUCAGCAGAUCCCUGCUCUCCUUCCUGGACAACUCCAGUGUGCAACAGGUGCAGUUGUCGCAUGAGGAGGCUUUCCGAGGGAUCCAUGACGGGAAGUACUGGGGCAUCGUUGGCUUCGGCGAGAACUUCACCACCUGUCUCUUCAAAAGGAUGCUGGAGAAGCAGGUGUCCAAGGAGGUGGUGGACGGAGGGUCGGUGCACGUGUGGCUGGACCAGACGAACCGACAAAUUGCUGUGAUGCUGCAGCAGAAAGUGCUGGAGGCCUUUCAGGCUUUCGUUAGGAACAAGAUGGGCAAUCAAUCCUAUCUGGUUGACCUGCCAAUACAAUUUGAAGAGCCCAUUUACGGCAGCCUGAACAGAGACUUCACCACUUUUGUUACACCGGGCGCUGUGCUCAGCCUCACCUUCUACUUGGCCGUGGGCCUGACCGCCCUCUCCUUUGUGCUGGAAAGGAAGGAGGGGCUACUCUACAGAUGCUGGGUCGCAGGUGUCAGCUCGAUGGAGACGAUGCUGGCUCACCUCUUUUCCCAGCUGCUGGUCAUCAGUGUCCAGAUCAUUCUCAUGUUGCUCUUCAUCUUCCUCGUCUUCAAGACGCCCAACGAAGGCUCCUUGGUGCUGAUGAUCACGCUGAUCGUGCUGCAGGGCAUCACCGGCAUCUCCUUCGGCCUCGUCAUCUCCGCCGCCAUCGACAACGAGCAGAGCGCCAACCAGGCGGCGCUGGGCAUCUUCUACCCCAACCUCAUCAUGAGCGGUAUCAUCUGGCCGGUGGAGUGUAUCCCUUAUCCUCUGCGCUACCUCAGCCUGGCUCUUCCUCAAACCUACGCCUCGGAAGCCCUCCGAUGCAUCAUGUAUCGAGGUUGGGGCCUGAGUCGCAUGAUGGUGUGGCGAGGCUUCGCCGUCACUUUGGGAUGGAACACGUUCUUCCUCAUCCUGGCCACAGUCAUCUUGAAGCUCAGGACGUGAACGCCUCGCGCUCGCUGUCGUCACGCCAAACACCUCCGCCUUGGGGCGGGGUCCUCCCGUCCUGUGUGUGUGUAUGUGUG